UGAAGAUUUUAUACCUAGUGAAUCGGAUGACGAUGAUGAUGAAAAUUAUUUGCCAGAACAUGAUCGACGUCCAUAUAAUCGUACUAGUCAUGUCAAUGGUAGUGUUGGUCGAGGUCGCGGACGUGGUGGACGUGGUCAUCAUUUAACUUCGACAAAUAGUCGAUUACCACCUUCAACUCAUUUUGUUCGGCCACAACCUGAAAUAAAUUCUCAUGCACGUUCAAAA